AGCAGCAGGCGCUCCCAGGGCUAAAGAGCAUCACCAUGUCUGUUAAAUACAGCUCGAGCAAGCAAUACUCUUCCUCCCGCAGUGGAGGAGGAAAAGGGUCAUCCCACAGAAUUUCGAGCAGCAGAGGCUCCCAGGGGGGAGGAUUUAGCUCAGGGGGCGGUGGGUUCAGUGGUGGCUCUUUUAGCCGUGGGAGCUCUGGAGGAGGCUGCUUUGGGGGCUCCUCGGGAGGCUAUGGAGGAGGGCAAGGAGGUUUUGGUGGGGGCAGUUUUGGUGGGGGCUACGGAGGAGGUAGCUCAGGUUGGGGCUGGGGCUCAAACAGCUAUGGUGGGGGCUACGGCGGCGGAGGCGGCUUCGGUGGGGGCUACGGCGGAGGCAGCUACGGCGGAGGCGGCUUCGGCGGGGGAGGCUUCGGAGGAGAUGGUGGCCUUCUCUCUGGAAAUGAAAAAGUAACCAUGCAGAAUCUGAACGACCGCCUGGCUUCCUACUUGGAUAAAGUUCGGGCUCUGGAAGAAUCAAACUAUGAGCUAGAAGGCAAGAUCAAAGAGUGGUAUGAAAAGAAUAGCAAAUCAAGCCAGGGAGACUCUCGUGACUACAGCAAAUACUACCAAACCAUCGAAGAUCUUAAAAAUCAGAUCCUUAAUCUAACAACUGAUAAUGCCAAUGUCCUGCUUCAGAUCGACAAUGCCAGGCUGGCAGCGGAUGACUUCAGGCUGAAGUAUGAGAAUGAGGUAGCCCUGCGCCAGAGCGUGGAUGCUGACAUCAAUGGCCUGCGCAGGGUGCUGGACGAGCUGACCCUGGCCAAGGCUGACCUGGAGAUGCAGAUCGAGAGCCUGACUGAGGAGCUGGCCUACCUGAAGAAGAACCACGAGGAGGAAAUGAAAGACCUUCAAAAUGUGUCCACUGGUGAUGUGAACGUGGAAAUGAAUGCUGCCCCAGGUGUUGACUUGACCCAACUUCUGAAUAACAUGAGAAGCCAGUAUGAACAACUUGCUGAACAAAACCGCAAAGACGCUGAAGCCUGGUUCAAUGAAAAGAGCAAGGAACUGACUACAGAAAUUGAUAGUAACAUUGAACAAAUGUCCAGCCACAAAAGUGAAAUUACUGAAUUGAGACGCACUGUUCAAGGUCUGGAGAUCGAACUACAGUCCCAGAUAGCCCUGAAACAAUCCCUGGAAGCCUCCUUGGCAGAAACAGAAGGUCGCUACUGUGUGCAGCUCUCACAGAUUCAGGUCCAGAUCUCCUCUCUGGAAGAACAAUUACAACAGAUUCGAGGUGAAACCGAGUGCCAGAAUGCUGAGUACCAACAACUCCUGGAUAUCAAGAUCCGACUGGAGAAUGAAAUUCAAACCUACCGCAGCCUGCUAGAAGGAGAGGGAAGUUCCGGCGGCGGCUACCGCGGCGGGCGAGGCGGCGGAAGUUCCGGCGGCUACGGCGGCGGAAGUUCCGGCGGCGGCGGCGGCGGCUACGGCGGCGGAAGCUCCGGUGGCGGCGGCGGCGGCUACGGCGGCGGAAGCUCCGGUGGCGGCGGCGGCGGCUAUGGCGGCGGCUCCUCCGGUGGCGGCCACAAGUCCUCUUCCGGGUCCGCUGGAGAGUCCUCCUCUAAGGGACCAAGGUCAGCCGAAACUACCUGGGAUACUAACAAAACCAGAGUGAUCAAGACAAUUAUUGAAGAAGUGGCACCUGAUGGUAGAGUCCUUUCAUCUAUGGUAGAAUCAGAAACCAAGCGACAGUACUAUUAAGCCACAUCAAGAGAAAAGUCUCCCUUCGUACAGGCCAUUUUAUACAGAUGCAUGAAAAACAAAAUCUCCAAGAAAACACGUCAGUCUUAAUGGUCUGUGGAAACAGGUUCACUCCUUCAAUAAGGUGUCUAAAAGGUGUUUUGUGAUUUCUGUAUUUCUUCUUUUCACUUUACCAGAAUAUGUUCUUUAAUGGAAAAAAAAGAAAAACUUUCUAUUCUCAUUUACUAAUGAAUUUCAAUAAACUUUCUAACUGAUGCAAACUA